CCUAGCCCUUGAGUAGGAAGCUCACACAGCCACGUACCACCAGUCGAAAUUUCAAAGCAACUUUCAGGACUCUACAAUUCUCAUCUGAUCAUCUGGAUCAUAAAACCAAUUCAACUGACUUCAAGCUGCUGUCUACCAGCUAACUUACUCCAGGUCUCUUUGGCAGGUAAAGCAGGACUUCAAGCAAAUACUGACUGACAAUCACACAUGAAAGCAUUUGUGAACUGACAGAACAUAUUCUUCCUGACUUUGUGGGAUGCCUCUUGGGGGUGGAAACAAAUGUGGCUGCUGUCAAAAGACAGUCUACUUUGCAGAGGAAGUGCAGUGUGAUGGCCAAAGUUACCACAAGUCCUGCUUCCUGUGCAUGGUGUGCCGUAAAAACCUGGACAGCACAACCGUGGCCGUCCAUGAGAAUGAAGUCUAUUGCAAGGCCUGCUAUGCCAAGAAAUAUGGGCCAAAAGGCUAUGGCUAUGGUGGAGGAGCUGGAACACUGAGUAUGGACCGAGGCGAGUCAUUAGGAAUUAAACAUGAAGUAGCUCAACCUCAUCAGCCCACUAACAACUCAAACACCUCCAUGUUUGCUCAGAGGUUUGGGGGCUCUGAGGUAUGCCGACGGUGUAACAAAGCUGUGUAUGCAGCUGAGAAAGUCAUAGGAGCAGGAAGCUCGUGGCAUAAGACCUGUUUUCGUUGUGCUAAAUGUGGGAAAGGUCUGGAAUCCACCACUCUGGCUGACAAAGAUGGAGAGAUCUACUGUAAAGGUUGCUAUGCAAAAAACUUUGGUCCAAAGGGGUUUGGGUUUGGCCAAGGAGCUGGAGCCCUUGCUCAUGUUCAGUAGAACUGCAUGAUCCAGUGCUUCAUUCCCUGCGCUUUAUUUCUACUUGUCUGAGGAGACUCAGACCAGCAGGCUGAUGCUUUCUGUGUGUUUGAUUAUGUGUGACUCAUAAUUAUCAGGUUUCUUAGAGUACAAAUGCUUAUGUAAGAUUACUUAUGGACAUGACAAAAGACCCAUGUGCCUUUAAUCUCAGUCACAACAUAUAUCUGUAGAGACUAGGCCUGGGCGAUAUCUAAAAAUAAUUAGCAUGAUAUUUUCUAGUUAAAAAAAAAAAUCAUGAUUAUUGAUUAUCGAUAAUAUGCUCCACACCCCCACAUUCCGCAAAAAAAUAAAAUGAAGUAAAAUGCCGGGGAAGCUUUGACCUACUUUCUAUUUCAUUUUAGUCUAUAUGCUUUUUAUGUUUUGAUAAAAAUCUUUAAUAGAACUCACAUAUUACAUAAUAUGAUACUGCGCAACCUGACAUCAUUUAAGAACUUCAUCUGUCAGUACAAUAAAUGUUAGUGCAAACGUGUAUUCAUGAGCUGCUUCUGCGGCAAAUUUGUGGUGACUUGCGUGCUAAUAGCGCCCUCUGCUGAAGAAACGUCAGACUGCAAGUGAUUUCCAAAGCUAUGCUCAGGCACUUUUGACAUUAAGAGCAAGGUUUUUUUCCAUCAUUACUGCAGCAUUUUCAUAAUUCCAUAAUUCCACAACUCCCCCCUCCCCCCCCUUUAAAUGUUUUUUUCCCCAUUUUCAGGCUGUUUAACGGUUAAUUAAUCCGCUCUAAUUCUCUCUUAGUUCUUCUACCAAAAUGGCGAUUAUCAGCUUUUACACAUUGGCAUCAGGUUACUUGUCCAUUAUCUACGAUAUCCGAUUACAUCACCCUAUCGCCCAGGCCUAGUAGAGACUCAUAAUUUCGGCAUGCAAUGCCAAUUUCGGUUGUAGUAGAGAUUCCUUUGCCAUCUGGUUUACUGUGUAAUAAUUUCACUAUACUACUAUUCAUACUGUAGACCAACAAACAAUCGCACACUGCACUUCUGUGUAUUGCUUUAAGUUGUACUGACCAAGCUCUUGGCCUAAUACAGUACUGUGUAUUAGACAUGUCAAACUGGGUUCCUUCCAGGCCACAGCUCUGCAGAGAUUAGCAUUCUCUCUCUUUAAACACUUUAAAAGUCUGCAGUGCUAUUGUGGCCUGCUGUACUGGACUGCUAUAUGCACAUGAUAUAUAUAUUUAAAUGCAAUGUAAAAGUUCAUUUCAAUCUGUAAUUGCAUGAAUUUUGUAUACAUUGUUUUGCCAGCUAACCAUUAUUAAAAAUUGAACUCUUCA